UUCCUACUGUUGAGAUACGAUAUAAACAUAAAUAAGUGUUGAUCGUUGGUCACUUGAGACCUAAAGAAACAUCGAGAGGCUGACAACUCUUGCAAGGUGUCCGCAGAGAUGAAGUCCAAUUUUGCUGUUAUCGUAGUUUUCUCUCUUCUCCUGGUUGCCAACUUUGGUUGUGCAAGAAAAGACCUGGGAGCGUAUUGGAAGAACAUGAUGAAGGGGCAAGCUAUGCCACAAGCAAUUAAAGACCUUGUUGAAGCAUCAGAUGCAGUCGAUGCAGGGACCAAGAACCGUUUUGUUAGGGACUUUGAUGUAAAGCCUAAUGUCAUAUUAUAUCACACCCAUGUUAAGUCCUCCAAGCAGAAGCAGAAGCUUUUUCUCAACAAUAAUCAAGAUUGAAGCAUAUAUAUAUAUAUAUAUAUAUAUAUAAUGCCAGUGGUUGAACAAAUAUAUAAAAAAGGAUAGAGAUAAUAUUAUGCUGUAUACUAUCUUGUCUUGUUGGGUUAGUGAUUAAUUAUCGUUUUGAAUGAAGCUUAUUUUGCAUGCAGGAAAGCUUUUAAUGUUUC